ACUUGAGAGUGGCAUAUGAUCCCCUCCUUGCUCCAUUAUUCCAAUGUUAACCUCACCAUACUGGCUCUGUUCUGCUUCAAGCUCUUGAUCAAGAUAAGCCUCAACUGCCUCUCCUACUUUUACAUCAUCAGAGGGGCCAGGAUAUCUGCAGAGUCCUAUGAUUUUGGUCAAGGACACAGGUCCUGGGCAGACCGCUCACCCUUACAUGAUGCUGCAUGCCAAGGUCGUCUCUUAGCUCUGAGGAAUCUGAUUUUACAGGGCCACAAUGUAAAUGUAGUCACUAUAGACCAUGUGAGUCCUCUGCACGAGACCUGCCUUGGAGACCAUGUAGCAUGUGCCAGAGCUCUGAUCGCUGCAGGAGCCAAUGUGAACAUCACCACCAUUGAUGGGGUGACUCCUCUUUUCAACGCGUGCUCAGUGGGCAGUGUAUCAUGUGCAGAGGUCCUCCUGGAGAACGGGGCCAAACCCCAGGCUCUGGUAUUUCAGCCCUCGCCCAUUCACCAAGCCAGCAGUAAAGGCAGCAGUGGGUGUGUGGAGACUCUAAUCAGAUGGGGAGCCGACGUGGACUUUGACAUUCCUCACCUGGGAACGCCCCUCUACACCGCCUGUGUCUCUCAGGAGAUAGAGUGUGUCCAGAGGCUGCUGAGGGAAGGAGCAAAUGUACAGAAAGGUAGAUAUAUGGAGUCUCCCUUACACGCUGCCGCUGAGAAGGACUGCACUGCCAUUGUUAAGCUGUUGUUGGACUUUGGGGCAGAUACCCAUGCCAGGAACAUCGAGUUAAAGAGACCUGUGGAAGCUGCUCCCCCCAGCAGCCUGACAGAGCGGUUUCUACUGGUCUAUGAGGCCACGCCCCAACCAUUAAGUCAGCUGUGUCGACAGCGUAUCCGUGACCGUGUGGGCCGUGACAGGUUUCACCUCAUCAACCAUCUUCCCCUUCCCAACCCCCUCAGGAACUACCUCCAGUACAGAUGAUGAGCAUAGAACUUCACAAUCUCAAAGGCUGUGGUGGUGGUGGCAUCUUCCUGGUGUCAGUCAUUCAUGUGAACUCAACAGCCUGCAAGGAUAGAAGGAGCACUACUUGCACUUGAAGCAAUGAAAUACAUACUUGAUUUAGCCUAUACCUGAUUUUAGUAUGGUUCACAAGAAACUGCUAAAAUUUGGUGCUGGAGCAAUGACCAGCAAUCAUGGUUUGCUAUGAACAUUUUCAAGGGAGAGUUUCAUUUAAAUCCAGAGCUGGACUGUUUAAAGGCACUUAGAAAAUGUGUUCCUCAUCAAUAUAUUGCAGAGGUUUAUAAAUUAGUCUGUGGCUGGCUCAUAUGCACAUACAAUAACACAAUUUAAAGUGCUUUCAUAUUAUGGAAAAUACAUUUAAUUUGGAUUGUUAUAUUAACAUGGUUUAUCAUCUUGUUAUGUAUUUUAGAUUAGACUUGUGCAUCUGAAAAACUUGAAAUUCACCAAAAUCCUUGAGAACACUUCACUCCUACAUUCAUAUCCUCCAAAAAUAUAGAUAUAAACUUGCUUGCUUGA